AUGUCGUACUCGUUUCCUUUCCCAACCCCAGACACCCCUUUUGGUGUCAAGUUGUUUCCCUACUUUGACUGGCUUGUGAGCAAGAUCACUGGUGGAGAAUUGGUACCAUCCAAGUUUGAGUUCAUCGCAGGCGAAGUUCCACUCUCCACGGGCAAGCCUGUACUUGCUGCCAUUGCCACUUACUACUUGGUUAUUUUCGGAGGAGACUUCAUCUUCAAAAAAUUUAAAAUCACCCCAUUUGUACUCAACGGGCCAUUUCAAGUGCACAAUGUGAUUUUGACUACAGCCUCCCUGACCCUUUUGGUGUUGAUGGUAGAACAGAUCUUCCCCAUGAUCUACUAUGAAGGUUUGUACUAUGCUAUCUGUAGUGCGAAGGCUUGGACUCAGGAAUUAGAAGUGUUGUAUUAUUUCAACUAUAUUUUCAAGUUUGUGGAGUUUGUUGAUACCUUGUUUUUGGUGAUUAAGCAAAAGAGAUUAACAUUCUUGCACACCUAUCACCAUGGUGCCACUGCUUUGUUGUGUUACACCCAAUUAACUGGUAAGACCGCCAUUUCUUGGGUUCCUAUUACUCUUAACUUGUGGGUUCACGUGGUGAUGUACUUUUACUACUUUUUGGCAGCCAGAGGUAUUAGAGUUUGGUGGAAAGAAUGGGUCACCAGAUUCCAGAUUCUUCAAUUCAUCUUGGACUUGGGAUUUGUGUACUUUGCUACUUAUAACAAGAUUGUUGAUGAAUUUUUGGGUGGCUCUUUACCAUACUGUGGUUCUUGUACGGGUGAAAUGUCUGCUGCUUACAUGGGUUGUGGUAUUUUGUCCUCGUACUUGGUUUUGUUCAUCUCUUUCUACAUCGAUGUUUACAAGAAGAAGACUACCAGAAGAUCCAAGAGAGUCAAGUCUGUUAGCGGCGGUGUUGCUGCUCAAGUCAACGAAUAUGUCCACACUAGUGCUAGAGACGCCACUCCAGUACCAGAAUCUAAGGUUCGGUCUAGAAAGGCAUAA